AUGGCAGAUCAGAGGCCAUUUAGUCGCUUCAGGCUGCCUUGGAUUACAGCUGCUGCUCGUCCUGCAGCGGAACCCCAACCCCCUCGUCCUAGUAGUGAAAUUCAAGCCCCAGCUCAGCCAAUCACUACCAUCCCUCAACGUCCAUUUCGACCAGGGUUAGCCUCGAUACAGUCUCCUCCUCCUCCUCAGGCCCGGGCACCACAAAGUACCGAACCUCAGACACCUGUUGCAAUCCCUGAAUCACGAAUCAUCGUCCAGUCACCAUCUAGUGUAAAAACACAAACCCGGGCUGCCUCUGUACCACCAUCACCAUCUCAGACAUCAUUACCGUCUCGGGCAAAAAGUGAGGGUCGUGUUGUCUCUCAGACCCGUUCACCAUCUCGGGCAGCUUCACAACCACGAGCUGCAUCUGUGCCCCCAUUUCGAUCCACACAGCAAACAGUCGCACAGCCUCAAGCUUCACCUCGUUCGGCCUCUCAGCUUGCAGGGCGGACAUCCUCACAACCCUCUCCUCCACCUAGGAGGACUACUCAACAACCAACAGGUUCGCAGCCCCCUCCACCACUAAGGAAAUUACAAUCCACUGCACAAGAGACUUCUCAGCCCCCACCAUCUGCGUAUCGACAAGAACCAAAGCCUGAAGGAUCUUCGUUAUUCUCACAAGUCGCUCAACCAACAGCAGGAAUGAAGCCUCUCUUAGAACCAACAGAAAGAGAGAAGGAAAAUGGACAAGGAAAGGAAGCUCCGGACGUGCUUAAAAAAGAAGGAAAGACAAAAGUUCCAGCUGAAGAAGAACCUAAGAAAGCAAUCACUGAGCUCCUCACUGGACCAAUGACAGGAUCAGAAACCAGAGAACUACAUUCUGUGGCAUUUAGUUCUGAACAAAAGCAGCAUGAAAAGGAAGAUAAGAAGACAGCAAAUCGGGGAGAACAUAUCAAAACUGUGAGUGCAACUCAUCCAAAGGCCAGGAAUAAAUCAACUGAAUCUCAUCAAAAGCCAAGCAUGUCCAAUGGAGAGCAUGUUCCGUUGCACAAAGGAAUUAGGGAUGAUAUUUCGAAGUUCAUUCAUAAGCUCGGGAUAGGGCAAGUAAAGUAUCCCGUAGAUGAAAAGCCAGUCUGCGUUAUGACAAUAGCUGGUGAAAAUACAGGAGCAUCAAUGCAUGUGGGAGCUGAACCAGCACGAAAAGAUGGGUCCAUACAUAUACAUCGGGGUUAUAAGCUCAACCCAGAUGACAGUACUGGAGCAACCACUGAUGGAGAAGGAAGCAGAGAUGGAAGGUCCAAGAAUCCAACCAAAGAAGUUCCAGUAACAAAGGCAUAUCUCAAUAGCAAUACUCAAAGUGUCAAUAAUUCAAUUAUAUUAGACAGUUCAGUGAAUGAGCAAGACCCUGGUGUUCAUCUGGCUCUCUCUCAUAACCUGGCAGAAUCGAGCAAGCCAAGUGCUAAACCAGAGCCUCUUGAAACACACAAGACUGAGUUUAAUGUCACUCGUUCUCAAAAGCUUACUUAUGAGCCCACGAUAAGAAGACGAUGCCUAAGAGGGCUUUUUCUGGAACCGAGUGACUCAGACAAUGACAAUCCUGAAAAGCCUCGAAGACAUGGUUGUCUUUAUGCCUGUGGGGAAAAGAGCAAAGACAAAGACAUAGGUGUUCUCUAAACUACCAACUGACGAGUUAAUAGCAUCUAUGCACCAGCAAACAUAAAGGACUUGUGUAUAUGAUAAUAACAAUGAACUAUAAAAUCGGUAAUAA